AUGCAUACAGCCGGGACCUCCGGGAGCGCCUCCCGCGCGUGCGGGGAAGCCAAGCGCACCAGCCUGCAGCCAAUGCCUCCUCCGCUGCCCCGACUGCUGCUGCUGCUGCUCCUGUCACUGGUAAGCCGCGUCAUGGCACAGCCUGCGGCCCCCAGCCGGGCGUUGCUGUCCCCAGAUCUCGCGGAGGCUGUGGGGGUCCCCGCCAAUGAAGCCAUAGUGCUGGCGAACCGCGGGCUCCGGGUGCCCUUCGGCCGGGACGUCUGGCUGGAUCCGCUGCACGACCUGGUGCUGCAGGUGCAGCCGGGGGAUCGCUGCGCGUUGACCGUGCUAGACAACGACGCGUUGGCCCAGCGGCCCGGCCGUUUGAGUCCCAAACGCUUUCCUUGCGACUUCGGCCCUGGCGAGGUGCGCUACUCUCACCUGGGAGCGCGCAGCCCGUCGCGGGAUCGUGUCCGACUGCAGUUGCGCUACGACGCUCCUGGAGGGGCGGUGGUGCUGCCACUGGUGUUGGAGGUGGAGGUGGUCUUCACCCAGCUGGAGGUUGUGACUCGGAACUUGCCCCUCGUCGUGGAGGAGCUGCUGGGGACCAGCAACGCCCUGGACGCCGGGAGCCUGGAGUUCGCCUACGAGCCCGAAACGGAGGAAUGCCGCGUGGGCAUCCUGUCGGGCCUGAGCGUGCUGCCUCGCUAUGGGGAACUCCUCCACUACCCGCAGGUCCCGGGCCGGGCCAGCGAGGCGAGUUCCUUGGAGCCUCUCCUGAUGGACUGCAAAGCUUUCCAGGAGCUAGGCGUGCGCUAUCGCCACACAGCCGCCAGUCGCUCCCCAAAUAGAGACUGGGUUCCCAUGGUGGUGGAGCUGCGCUCCCGGGGGUCUCCUGUGGGCAACCCUGCUUUGAAACGUGAGCACUUCCAGGUGCUGGUGAGGAUCCGAGGGGGGACCGAGAACACCGCCCCCAAACCCAGUUUUGUGGCUAUGAUGAUGAUGGAGGUGGACCAGUUUGUACUGACUGCCCUGACCCCAGACAUGCUGGCAGCUGAGGAUGCUGAGUCUACGCCUGAGCUUCUGGUCUUCAACCUCACCUCUCCAUUCCAGCCUGGCCAGGGCUUCCUGGUGAGUACGGAUGACCGCAGCCUGCCGCUCUCCUCCUUCACUCAGCGGGAUCUCAGCCUCCUGAAGAUCGCCUACCAGCCGCCUUCUGAGGAUUCUAACCAGGAGCGUCUCUUUGAAUUGGAGCUGGAGGUGGUGGACCCUGAAGGAGCGGCCUCGGACCCUUUUACCUUCGUGGUCGUGGUGAAGCCCAUGAACACACUGGCACCAGUGGUCACCCGGAACACUGGUCUCGUUCUCUACGAGGGCCAGUCUCGGCCCCUAACAGGUCCUGAAGGCAAUGGGCCACAAAACUUGGUCAUCAGCGAUGAGGAUGACCUAGAGGCAGUGCGGCUGGAGGUGGUUGCUGGGCUCCGGCAUGGUCGUCUCAUUCUUUUAGGUGCCUCCGGUGGUGACUCUGUCCCCAAGACCUUUACUGUGGCCGAGCUGGCAGCCGGCCAGGUGGUCUACCAGCAUUAUGACAGAGAUGGCUCACUGAGUGACAAUCUGGUGCUUCGAAUGGUAGAUGGAGGAGGUAAGCACCAGGUGCAGUUCCUGUUCCCCAUCACCUUAGUGCCGGUGGAUGACCAGCCACCUGUCCUCAAUGCUAACACAGGGCUGACACUGGCAGAGGGGGAAACGGUGCCCAUCCUGCCCCUCGCUCUGAGUGCAACGGACAUGGACUCAGAUGACUCUCUGCUGGUUUUUGUGCUGGAGCCACCCCACCCAGCUACAGGGCACCUGCUUCUUCGCCAGACUCACCCUCCCCAGGAGGAGGCGGAGGAGGAGCGCAGCAAGGACACUUGGAAAAAGAGGGGGAUGUUCUAUGAGCGCACAGUGACAAAGUGGCAGCAGCAGGACAUAGUGGAAGGCAAGUUGUUCUACAGGCACUCUGGGCCCCACAGACCUGGGCCAGUCAUGGACCAGCUCGUGUUCAGAGUCCGAGAUAACCACGACCCCCCUAAUCAGUCGGGGCUACAGAGGUUCCUGAUACGCAUUCAUCCUGUGGAUCGCCUACCCCCAGAGCUGGGCAGUGGGUGUCCCCUCCGGAUGGUGGUGCAAGAAUCCCAGCUGACACCACUGAGGAAGAAGUGGCUUCGAUACACCGACCUGGACACAGAUGACCGAGAACUGCAUUAUACAGUGACCCAGCCACCCAUGGACACAGAUGAAAACCACUCUCCAGCCCCUCUGGGAACCUUGGUCCUGGCUGACAACCCCUCAGUCAUAGUGACCCAUUUUUCCCAAGCCCAGAUCAACCACCAUAAAAUUGCUUACAGGCCCCCAGAUCAAGAACUGGGAGUGGCUGCCCGAGUGGCCCAGUUCCAGUUCCAAGUGGAGGACCAAGUUGGAAAUGUGGCUCCAGGCACCUUCACACUUUAUUUGCAGCCAGUGGACAACCAGCCACCUGAGAUCCUCAACACAGGCUUCAUGAUUCAGGAGAAGGGCCACCACGUCCUGAGCGAGACUGAGUUGCAUGCGACUGAUGUGGACACUGAUGUGGUCCACAUCUCUUUUACUCUCACACAGGCUCCCAAGCAUGGCCACAUGGGAGUGUCUGGACAGAGACUGCAUGUGGGUGGGAUCUUCUACUUGGAGGAUAUCAAGCAGGGCCGGAUUUCCUACACCCAUAAUGGGGACGAGUCUCUGAAUGAUAGCUGUUCCUUGGAAGUCAGUGACAGACACCAUGUGGUGCCCAUUACUAUAAGAGUGAAUGUCCGGCCAGUGGACGAUGAGAUGCCCAUACUGAGUCUUCCUGCUGGCACACUGGGGUCCUAUCUAGAUGUUUUGGAAAAUGGGGCUACUGAAAUCACUGCCAGUGUUAUCAAGGGGACCGAUGAGGACACUGAUGAUUUGAUGUUGACUUUCCUCUUGGAAGACCCACCCUUGUAUGGGGAAAUCCUGGUCAAUGGAGCCCCUGCAGAGCAGUUUACCCAAAGGGACAUCUUGGAGGGGUCUGUUGCCUAUGCUCACACUAGUGGUGAGAUAGGCCUGUUGCCCAAAGAGGACUCUUUUAACCUGAGUCUGUCAGAUAUGUCUCAAGAAUGGAGAAUAGGUGGUAAUACUAUCCAGGGAGUUUCUGUGUGGGUGACCAUCCUCCCUGUUGAUAACCACGCUCCAGAAGUUUCGGUGGGUGAAUGGUUUAUUGUAAUGGAAGGUGAAAAAAGUGUUAUAACCUCGACACACAUAAGUGCUGAAGAUAUCGAUUCCCUGAAAGAUGACAUCUUGUGCACUAUAGUUAUCCAGCCUACCUCAGGUUAUGUUGAAAACAUUUCUCCAGCACCAGGCUCUGAGAAAUCAAGAGCAGGAAUUGCCAUCAGUGCCUUCACCCUGAAAGAUCUCAGGCAGGGUCACAUUAACUAUGUCCAGAGUAUCCAUAAAGGGGUGGAGCCUGUGGAAGACCGAUUUAUAUUUCGUUGUUCUGAUGGUAUUAAUUUUUCAGACAGACAUUUUUUCCCCAUUGUUAUCAUUCCCACCAAUGAUGAACAGCCAGAGAUGUUUAUGAGAGAAUUUAUGGUGAUGGAAGGCAUGAGUCUGGUGAUAGACACCCCCAUCCUCAAUGCUGCUGAUGCUGACAUACCCCCAGAUGACUUAACUUUCACUAUUACUCAAUUUCCCACUCAUGGUCACAUCAUGAACCAGAUAAUAAAUGGUACGGUUUUGGUUGAAAGUUUCACCUUGGACCAGAUAAUAGAGAGUUCCAGCAUUAUUUAUGAACAUGAUGACUCAGAGACCCAGGAAGACAGCUUUGUGAUUAAACUCACAGAUGGCAAGCAUUCUGUGGAAAAGAUGGUUCCCAUUAUGGUUAUCCCUGUUGAUGAUGAGACCCCUAGAAUGACUGUAAAUAAUGGACUAGAGAUAGAAAUUGGGCAGACCAAAAUCAUCAACAACAAGGUAUUAAUGGCCACUGAUUUGGAUUCUGAAGACAAAUCCUUAGUUUAUAUUAUUCGUUAUGGUCCAGGACAUGGCUUAUUACAGAAACAAAAACCUACAGGUACCUUUGAAAAUAUCACAUUGGGCAUGAACUUUACCCAGGAUGAAGUGGACAGAAACCUAAUUCGGUAUGUCCAUUUUGGGCAAGAGGGCAUCCGGGACCUAAUUAAAUUUGAUGUGACUGAUGGAAUCAAUGCCCUCAUAGAUCGCUAUUUUUAUGUAUCUGUUGGCAGCAUUGACAUUGUCUUCCCUGAUGUGGUGAGUAAGGGAGUGUCUUUGAAAGAAGGUGGUAAAGUCACCCUCACCACGGACCUACUGAGCACAAGUGACUUGAACAGUCCUGAUGAAAACCUAGUUUUUACCAUCACCAGGGCUCCCAUGAGAGGUCGCUUAGAGAGCACAGAUCAACCUGGGGUGCCCAUCUCGUCUUUCACUCAGCUCCAACUUGCUGGCAACAAAAUCUACUACAUCCACACAGCCGCGGAUGAGGUGAAGAUGGACAGUUUUGAGUUUCAAGUCACUGAUGGACGUAACCCUGUCUUCCGGACAUUCCGUAUCUCCAUUAGUGAUGUGGACAACAAAAAGCCCGUGGUCACCAUCCACAGCCUGGUUGUCAGUGAAAGUGAAAACAAGCUGAUCACUCCUUUUGAACUCACUGUUGAAGACAGAGAUACUCCUGACAAGCUCCUGACAUUCACCGUCACUCAGGUGCCUGUUCAUGGCCAUCUCCUGUUCAACAAUACCAGACCUGUCAUGUUUUUUACUAAACAAGAACUGAAUGAAAACUUAAUUAGCUACAAACAUGAUGGCACUGAGUCAAGUGAAGAUAGCUUCUCCUUCACAGUGACCGAUGGCACCCAUACGGACUUCUACGUAUUUCCUGACACGGUAUUUGAAACCAGGAGACCCCAAGUGAUGAGGAUCCAGGUCUUAGCUGUUGACAAUAGUGCACCCCAAAUUGCAGUGAAUAAAGGUGCCUCUACACUUCAUACUCUAGCCACUGGCCAUUUGGGGUGCAUGAUCACAAGCAAAAUAUUGAAAGUGGAGGACAGAGACAGUGUACAUGUUUCUCUGAGGUUUAUUGUGACAGAGGCCCCUCGGCAUGGAUAUCUCUUCAACCUGGGCAAAGGCAACCACAGCGUCACUCAGUUUACACAAGCUGACAUUGAUGACAUGAAAAUAUGCUACGUCUUAAGAGAAGGGGCUAAUGCCACAAGUGAUACGUUUCAUUUUAUAGUUGAAGAUAGUGGAGGAAACAAGUUAACCAACCAACAUUUUCGUCUGAACUGGGCAUGGAUCUCCUUUGAAAAGGAAUAUUACCUGAUCAAUGAGGACUCCAAAUUUCUAGAUGUCGUUCUUAAAAGGAGAGGUUACUUGGGAGAAACUUCAUUUAUAAGUAUUGGCACGAGAGAUGGGACUGCAGAAAAAGACAAAGACUUCAAGGGCAAAGCUCAGAAACAAGUGCAGUUCAGCCCGGGCCAGACGCGGGCCACGUGGAGAGUGCGGGUGGUGAGCGACGGCCGGUACGAGCGGUCGGAGACCUUCCGUGUGGCGCUCUCGGAGCCGGUGCUGGCCGCGCUGGAAUUCCCCGCGGUGACCACGGUGGAGAUCGUGGACCCCGGAGAUGAGUCGACUGUAUAUAUCCCUCAGUCUGAAUACUCCAUUGAAGAAGAUGUUGGAGAACUGUUCAUUCCCAUCAGGAGAAGUGGAGACGUGAGCCAGGAAUUGAUGGUGAUCUGUUUCACACAACAAGGAACAGCCACUGGAACUGUCCCCACGUCGGUGCUGUCCUAUUCUGAUUACAUCUCCAGGCCUGAGGACCACACCAGUGUCGUCCGCUUUGACAGAGAUGAACAGGAGAAGAUGUGUCGGAUCAUCGUCAUUGAUGACUCCCUGUACGAAGAGGAGGAGACCUUCUGUGUCCGUCUGAGUAUGCCCAUGGGUGGGAGAAUUGGAGCAGAGUUUCCAGGGGCCCAGGUUACAAUCGUCCCCGACAAAGAUGAUGAACCAGCCUUCCACUUUGGUGACAUGGAGUACUCGGUGGACGAGCGUGCUGGCUCUGUGGAGGUGCGUGUGUGGAGAACAGGCACCGACCUGUCCAGGCCAUCCAGCGUCACGGUGCGCUCUCGGAAGACAGACCCUCCCUCCGCUGAUGCUGGAACAGACUAUGUGGGCAUCAGCCACAACUUAGAUUUUGCACCAGGAGUCAACAUGCAGACUGUUCGUGUGAUCAUUCUGGAUGACCUUGGGCAGCCAGUGCUGGAGGGAAUUGAGAAAUUUGAACUGGUGCUGCGUAUGCCUGUGAAUGCUGCCCUUGGAGAGCCCAGCAAGGCCACUGUGUCCAUAAACGACUCUGUUUCAGAUUUGCCUAAGAUGCAGUUUAAAGAGCGUGUGUAUACUGGCAAUGAAAACGAUGGGCAGAUAGCUGCAAUGAUCCACAGGAGUGGAGAUAUCCAGUUCACGUCUUCAGUGAGGUGCUAUACACGCCAGGGAUCUGCACAAGUGAUGAUGGACUUUGAAGAACGCCCGAACACUGAUAUUUCCAUCAUCACAUUCCUCCCUGGUGAGACUGAAAAGCCCUGUGUCCUUGAGCUGAUGGAUGAUGAUUUCCAUGAGGAGACAGAGGAGCUGCGCCUGGUUCUCGGCACUCCACGAAGCAAUUCUCCCUUUGGGGCUGCAGUUGGUGAACAAAAUGAAACUCUGAUAAGGAUACGAGAUCAUGCUGAUAAGACUGUUAUUAAAUUUGGAGAAACCAAAUUUAGUGUCAGUGAACCCAAAGAACCAGGACAAUCAGUGAUUGUAAAAAUUCCAGUGGUUCGCCAAGGAGACACUUCAAAGGUUUCCAUUGUGAGAGUCCACACCAAGGAUGGCUCAGCCACCUCUGGAGAAGACUAUCACCCUGUGUCGGAAGAAAUUGAGUUUAAAGAAGGAGAAACCCAGCACGUUGUUGAAAUUGAAGUGCUCUCCGACGGGGUAAGAGAGCUGAGAGAGGCCUUCACCGUUCACCUACAGCCUGAUGAAAACAUGAUCACCGAGACACAAGUGACCAAAGCCAUCGUGUAUAUAGAAGAAAUGAACAGCAUGGCGGACGUCACUUUUCCUUCCAUCCCUCAAGUUGUGUCCUUGCUGACGUAUGACGACACCUCCAGAGCUACAGACAGUGCUGGGCCUGUGUCUGGCUACCCUGUUGUCUGUGUGACAGCUUGCAACCCCAGAUAUUUGGACUAUGACAAGACAGGCUCUCUCUGUGCCAGUGAGAGCAUCAACAACACUCUGACCCAGUACCGGUGGCUGAUUAGCGCACCCACUGGCCCGGAUGGUGUGACCAGCCCCAUGAGAGAAGUAGACUUCGACACCUUUUUUACAUCAUCCAAAAUGAUCACCUUAGACUCCAUAUACUUCCAACCUGGCUCCAGGGUGCAAUGUGCUGCUCGCGCUGUGAACACCAAUGGAGAUGAAGGCCUGGAGCUGGUGAGCCCCAUUGUAACUGUCGGCAGAGAAGAAGGUCUUUGCCAGCCCCGAGUGCCAGGGGUAGUGGGGGCAGAGCCGUUCUCAGCUAAAUUGCGCUACACGGGCCCUGAGGACCCCGACCACACAAACUUCAUCAAGCUCACCGUCACGAUGCCACACACUGAUGGCAUGCUCCCGGUGAUCUCCACCCGAGAGCUCUCCAACUUUGAGCUGACCCUCAGCCCAGAUGGCACAAGAGUUGGGAACCAUAAGUGCUCCAACCUCCUGGAUUACACUGAAGUGAAGACUCACCAUGGCUUCUUGACUGACGCCACGAAAAACCCAGAAAUCAUUGGAGAGCUGUAUCCCUAUCAGUACAGCUCAUCAAUCAGAGGCUCCAGUACCUUACGCUUCUACCGAAACCUGAACCUCGAGGCCUGUCUUUGGGAAUUUGUCAGCUACUAUGACAUGUCAGAACUCCUCACCGAGUGUGGAGGCACCAUUGGGACAGACGGACAGGUACUGAACCUAGUGCAGUCCUAUGUGACCCUUCGAGUUCCACUCUAUGUCUCCUAUGUGUUCCAUUCACCUGUGGGGGUUGGAGGAUGGCAACAUUUUGACCUGAAGUCAGAGCUUCGUCUAACUUUUGUGUAUGACACCGCCAUCUUGUGGAAUGAUGGAAUUGGAAGCCCACCAGAAGCCGAACUCCAAGGUUCUUUAUACCCAACCAGCAUGCGCCUCAGUGAAGAGGGGCGCUUGGUCGUGAACUUCAAGACAGAGGCUCAAUUCCAUGGCUUGUUUGUGCUGUCACAUCCUGCAUCCUUCACAAGCUCGAUGAUCAUGUCAGCUGAUCAUCCAGGCCUCACAUUCUCCCUCCGCCUCAUAAGGAGUGAGCCAACCUAUAACCAGCCCGUGCAGCAGUGGAGCUUCAUGUCUGACUUUGCAGUCCGGGACUACUCAGGCACCUACACCGUGAAACUACUGCCCUGUACCCUACCACCGCACCAGGACUACCGCCUGCCCAUCACCUGCAACCCCAGAGAGGCUGUCACCUUUGACCUGGACAUCCGAUUUCAGCAGGUGAGUGACCCAGUGGCGGCUGAGUUCAGCUUGAACACCCAGAUGUACCUGCUCUCCAAGAAGAGUCUCUGGUUGUCUGAUGGAUCGAUGGGUUUUGGGCAAGAAAGUGACGUUGCUUUUGCGGAAGGUGAUACAAUUUACGGCCGUGUGAUGGUAGAUCCUGUGCAGAAUCUGGGCGAUUCCUUUUACUGCAGCAUUGAGAAGGUGUUCCUGUGCACUGGGACCGAUGGAUACGUCCCCAAGUACAGUCCAGUGAAUGAAGAGUAUGGGUGCUUAGCAGAUUCGCCUUCACUCUUACAUAGAUUUAAAAUUGUGGACAGAGCUCAGCCAGAGACCCAAGCCACCAGCUUUGGAAGUGUCCUGUUUAAUGCCAAAUUGGCAGUGGAUGACCCUGAAGCCAUUCUCUUAGUGAAUCAACCUGGAUCUGAUGGAUUUAAAGUCGACUCAGCACCACUCUUUCAGGUCUCUUUUGGCCGAGAAUGGUACAUACAUGCAAUCUAUACGGUAAGAUCCAAAGACAACGCCAAUGGAGGUAUUGGCAAAAGAAGUGUGGAGUACCAGUACCACUCCCUGUUUAGCCCAGGGAUGCCCCAGGCAUCCACCAGGAGCCAGAAGAAGAGGGAGAUCAGAAGCAUACCCCCGCUGGCACAGGACAUUGGCGCAAAAAAUAACCGCGGGACAAACAUCCAGCACAUCGCCCUGGACCGCACCUACAAGCAGCAGACCCCCCAAGGGAGAGUUCCUCCUGACAGUGUCCUACCUCCGGAGCUCAACCACCCCAGCUCUGACGUCAGCCUGGUCACCGUCGUCGGAGGCGUCACGGCAGGGCUACUGGCCAUCUGCCUUGCUGUCAUUGCAGCCGUGAUGUGCAAGAGCAAAGGGAAGCCCAGGGGGAAGGACGCCCCUGACGGCUCAGGCAGCAGCCAGCCAAUGGUGCCUCCACAGAGCCACAGCAGUGACAGCUCAGAGGUUUGAUGCCCGCAGAUAAAAUUCAACCUUUUCCUCAGGUGCCUCGGAAAAGACCACAAUAGAACCCCAAAGACUUCUGGUAAACCCCACGAUGUUGGGGACUUAAGUGAAGAACCUGCUCAGAGGACUUGCCUGUACUAAUGGAUUUUGAAUUCUGUCUACU